AUGGCAGAGAUGCAUUUUGAUGCACUGAUCAGUCUGCCGCCGCCUGCUAAAUAUGGAGGCAGACACGCUGUGACUUUGAUCACUGGUGAUGGUAUUGGGCCUGAACUUCUGAACCACAUUAGAGAGCUUUUCAGAUUCUGCUGUGUCCCAGUGAAUUUUGAGAUUGUCAAGGUAGCUUCAGCUACUACUUCAGAGGAUGACAUCAAGAAUGCUAUUAUUGCAAUCAAACGGAAUGGAGUAGCACUUAAGGGUAACAUAAAGACCAAUCACAACCUUCCUCCAUCUCAUAAAUCCAUUGUAAAAUGCUUUGAUUAUCUGUGGUCAAUCCAGAUGGUGUAUUUGUAUUAA